AUGGUCGAGCGGUUUCACCGCCAGCUGAAGGCCUCCCUAAGCGCCGCAGCCGAUCCGGAGAACUGGACAGACCACCUUCCCCUGGUCCUCUUGGGCAUCCACUCCGCUCUGAGGCCGGACCUUGAUUGUUCCGCAGCUGAACUGGUGUUCGGUGCCACCUUCCGACUCCCCGGUGAGAUGAUCUCGCCAACCCCACAAGGUGCAGUUGAGGAUCCCACCAACCUCCUGCAUCGCCUCCGGCAGUUUAUGCGGACACAUUCCUCGGUUCCUCUCAGGUUCUCCGCCUCUCCGUCUUAUCUCGAGAAGGAAUUGGCAACGUGUUCUCACGUCUAUCUCCGAUGUGAUCGAGUCCGCCGGCCCCUGGAACCACCCUACGAUGGCCCCUUACGAGUUAUCUCUCGUGGGACGAAGAACUUCCGCAUCCAACGCGGCACUCGCGAGGAGGUCGUGCGCGUGGACCGUCUCAAAGCUGCCGUCCCGGACACUCCUCCGGAUGAGCCCUGUGGUCCCCAACCCCCUGCUCCGCCUCCCCGACCCUCUAUUCCACCGUCCCGUAUACUUCCUCUGUCCCCAUGUCCGCAACCCACAACUGCAACUACUCCUUCAUCAACCAACAACACUGUAACCGCGAGCCAUACUCACUCUACUACUGUGCCCCCUGUAUAUAUCACCCGUAGUAGACGCCAUGUUCACUUUCCUGACCGUUUGGUUACUCUUGUUUUUAGACAUCGACAGUUCCUUCGGCAUCGCUACGCGCCGCCUUCGGUCUAGCCGGGGGGUACUGUGGCAGUUCGCGUAUCCUCGCCCUCCGCCUUUGUCACGCUGCCGUCCUGUCUGCCUCACACUCCGUGUCGAUGCGCUGCUGGGACGCGCGAGUGUUCGAAGCAAAUCAACGCUGUCCCCACUGUGAGUGGCUGGCAGACGUGGAGACAACGAAGGGCGCACACACGCGCUGACAACACGGACAACAGCUUGCUUGGAGCGCGCUCGCGGCGACUGCCUACAGAGCCCUUGUGUACUCACUUUCUCAGGCAGAAAAGGUUGUCCAACUGAAACCGUCUUCCCUGACUUUUGAUUGAGAAUCUUAAUCUUGUCGACUACACAACAUUCCACAAGCCGACAUCCUACCGAGUCAGAAAUACUAUGGAAGUAUGUUGCUUGAUAAGUAGCCUCACAAUCUCACCUACGCAAUCCUUCCUAAUCGAAAACGCAUUUCAUAAUUACGACCAACAUUUCAUCAGAUCGGUCACGCACUGUACUCCAGAUGAGCGAUGCCCCCGUCACUAGUCACACCGAUAUAAGAAAUGUCGGUCCUAAGUGUCUUAAUGGGAGCUUGGGUUAUGUUUUCACGCAGUGCAGUUGCAUGUCAAAAAAUGGGCAUUUUGGCCAAUGGCAGAUACCCCCGAAAUGCCUGUGCUCGAUAAAUGACAGAUUCCAUAAAGCAAACAAACCCUGGAACUACAACCAAGACAAAUGUGGGCGUAGUCAGGAUUCGUCAGGUCAAAGUUCUUUCAAAAAAGUGUUCCUCGUCACUGCCCAAGAUGCGCACAUUAGCUACAUCAAACGGAAAGUUAUUGAGAACUAACACAACAAAGGUCGGCUUCGGCGGUGUGUUUCAGUCGUCUCGCGUGACCGAACAGAAAGCCUCGAGGGUGGUCGUCGAGUGGGGGGACCAGACUUGUGACCGGGAAAAACAGUACCAUUCGGUGUUCUCGUGAAAGCAGCUUGCUGAAUCAAAGCCGACUAACUGGCACUUAUUGAGAUCAAAGCGCUGCAAAAUGUGAUAGUAUGGUAGGACCUCGGAGAUAUGUGGCGUAAGCAUUUCAUCCUGCCGAAAACUGCAAGUCUUGGUGUGUUGAAUAAUGUGUUUUUCAGACAUAAAUGACAGCGGCGCCUCAGUUGAUGCUGGAUAAGUAAAAAGGCUCUCUGACCUACUAUAUGUGUUUAGAAGAUUGGAGACGAGUAAUUUAAACGCAUGUAAAGCCCGUAGUGAGAGGGCCAACACAUGCUGAAGUAUGAAGCAUUUGCUCAUGUCAUAAAACACAGCGACAUUCUCGCGGCAUCCCUUUGAAUUCUUUUGUUCACUUAAACAUACGAAAAUAAACUGAAUUACUACAAUAUUCCUAGGUUAUGUAUAGACAAAGAAUGGUUUAUCCAGUAGAUGUGCCAACUCAUCAAAUAAUAAUCGAAAUUCCUGUAUGCGUUUUCCUCUCAAAAAGAUUUUUUAAGUAGGUUUGUGAUAUAAAUAACUGUGUAGCGUAAUCCCCUGAUUGUUCAUUUACUUCAAAAGGCUGUCCUUCGAACGAAUCUCGUGUUGGCUCAUUGUAAACAUAUCACUCGGUAAACAUGGCUACUUACUUAGCAUGGAAUCGGCUCACAGAUUUCCGGUGCUCUAAAAAGUUCAAAUAUGUUUCAUAAAAAAACACGCAAAAACAUAUUCAUUUUUUUAACUAAUUUUGUAUAAAUUUGCAUAAUGCCUCGGUUGUAAAAAACGUUUUCAGAUUUUCGAAAAAUAUUGAACCCGGCCUGCUGCUACACUUGCUUUCAGGGUUUCCAAACCACAUGUUGUAUAUUUUCUGAGAACCGAACACCUCUCAUUCAUAUGCACUAUUAAAAGUGGACCAUAUGGUGUCCGUGAGAUUAAAAAGUGGAUUUGCGCCAUACAAGCUUUGCAAACAACAUUAGUAAGUGCAAGUGCAUGAUAUUUUAUGAACGGGCAUUCCACGGUCUUAAAAAUCUCAUAAUAAGAAUCUUCUUAAAAAAACCGGAAUAUAUAAUUUCUUUAAAUAUAAAAUUGGAAGAGGCUUUAACUUUCCACCGAAUAAGUAAGAGAAUGAACAUUUUCAUGCCUGAUUUGUAAGAAAUAUGUUUUAAUUUAUAGGGGCAUCAAACGUUAAUGAGAAAUAAUUGAACUAUUUAAUUAGUCAUUAGUCCUCGGAUGAGUACUCAGUCAGUCGAUUUAUUGAUCAGGCGCCGGCGUGCAGAGCCCAGAACAGUCGCCUACAAUCUCGCCUCAUCCAUCGACGAUUGGCCAGCGGGCGGUAUAAUUGUCGCUUUUUCUCUUUUGUCCACCAUCUCUGACGAUGAAUUCCAGCACGAUUUCUUAAUCCCAGAACAAUGGACAGACUGUUUCAUUGCUCGCCCAGUUUUCUCCUUCACAUGUAGAAAGGAAUGCACAUCUGUGACCAACAGACUGAAGUAAACAAGCAUGAGUUCAGGCGCCCGAAAUGUUGGUCAAAAUUAUGAAAUGCGUUUUCGAUCAGGAACGAUUACUUAGGCGCUGUUGUAAUACUCAUUAUCUUGAAGCAUAAUACUAUACUAUUUCGGACUCUGUAGAAUGUCAGCAUUCGAAUACACUGCUUUCCAAUCUACCGCAUAAACUGUACUAGGUAAAAAAUGACUACUUAUGUAGCAUGCAUUUUUCCCGUUGAUUUUUGAUGGUCCUGGAAAUUCAAAUAUAUCUUAUAGAAACCAUAAACAAAAAUAGGCUUUCUCACAGUCAUUUGAUAGAGAAUCACGUCUUAUUUAUAUGUUAUACUUGACGAAGAAUUAUAAUUUGGUUUUAAAAAAGUCAUUAAUUAUGAAAUAUUUUAAGACCGCGCUAUGUCCAUCCACAUAGCAUCGUACCUGGCCCUUUACCACAGCUCUUUAUGAAAUAUACAACACAGUCCGUAUCAAUUGCCAAUUUUAUAGACUCCGUAUGGUAUCUUUUAAAGGGAUAGAGAAAUAUGUGAUUUACCUACGCGAAUCGCAUGCAUCUUGUAUACUGAAAUCACUUAGCGCUAACGUAACUACUAAUCAGGCUCCAAAUUAUUCGGGAAUCACAAAACUUUUUAAAAACCAAAUUAUACUCCUUCUUCGAAACGGCGUUUAGAGCCACUUCUGCCCCGUUGCAAAUUAAGGCUUUUUUAUGAGGGUGGUUGCAAACGAUUUCGUCUACAAACGUCCCCAUCUGUUCCAGGUCCGUGUUCGUAGUGUCACACAGGGUAAGCAUACAGUUCUUCCUUUUCCUUCAAAAGUCCUAAGCAAAUAAACAAUAGCCUACGUAUAUGAAGCAUCUGUCUAGCCUUGGAGUGCGUGCAGCUCAUUUUCGACUAGUGGACAACGACGCGCUCAGACCUGUCCGCUGAUCGGUAAGGACAAGCUGCUUCGCUGGCCAUCACUCAGUCCGCCGAUUUUGCUCUCUUACAUGUCACAACAUUCUGCAGUGUUGUAAACAAACAGUCUGAAGUAAAUUUAGUCUUUAUUUAACGAACAUUGUGCAGAGGAAUAUGUGGUGGUAAGGUGGUCAGUAUUUUAUGGAAAUGCCUCAGUUGACUGCGUCCGAACUUAUGUAAAACAUCUAUCUAGCCUUGGAGUGCGAAUGAACGAUCAGUGAGCGCCGCCCACCAUUGUAUAUUCUCGAUCGAUACGGACAGGUCAACGGGCCCGUGGCCCAGAGGUUAGAGGCGUUGGACCUCUAACUAACAGGUGGCGAGUUCGCGCCUAGUGUGCCCCACACUUCGGGGUUGAGUAUGAGUGCCUGACGACGGUUAAUAAGCCAGAAAUGGCCAUUCCUGUCUUUCUUGCCUUUGUCGGUAAUAGCAUUAUGUCUACGGACUUUGAUACUAUUUACAUUUCCCUGGAAGUGACCUAUGUAUUACGCUCAUGCUAAAAUUUGCCUUUACUGAAAUUUAGUCCAGGGACUGGCGGCUAGAGUAAGACGCAUCUGCUCUCCUGAAACUGUUGAGGCAGAACUGCAGCAGCUGCAAAACACGCUCCGCGAAAACGGCUAUCCAGAGCGAUUCAUCCUCUGGAAGAUUAGAGAGCGGGCCACAAAACCGGCCGUUGCAACUGCGGAAAAGAAAGACUUAUUUCUAAGACUGCCUUUCCUAGGAGACGCAGCAAGCGAAUUAGUGAGACGACGACUCAGGACAGCUCUCGCGAGUGCCUUCCCCGCGGCGAACUUGCGCGUAUUCUUCGCGAAUUCCCCUCUACUACGGUUGGGGGGCAAAGACCGACUGCCGUUACAGGCCACAACCAUGUGCAUCUAUUCAUUCACCUGCUCCUGUGGAGCGGGAUUUAUUGGCCGUACAACCAGGCGUCUGGAAAAGAGAAUACGCGAACACAUGCCUGCCUGGCUAGGUAGAGGUGAACAUCGAUCGAUUUCGAGUUCAAUUCUCGCACAUCUAAUCGAUACGAACCAUCAAACCGACGCUAAAGAAGCGUUUAAAGUUAUCUACCGGGCACCGGCACACUACUCUAAAGGCCUGCGCAGACGGGUGCUAGCCACAACCGAAGCAGUGGCCAUUCGACUGACGAACCCAGCACUCUGUUGUCCGAAGACGCUGACACAAGCAGUCUGUCUGCCCUGGCCGACUCCAGACAAGGAUCGCACGCCGGCCCGACACACUGAGAGCAGUCACACGCACUCACAGCGCCUACAAUCUAACCGGAACCCCUCUACUUCCCCCCCCUCCCCCUCCAACUCCUUCUCCCUCCCCUCCCACCCCAACUCCAUCGUCCUCAACACGCUGACGCCGUAA